AAAAAAUUGUGUGUAAUUUUUGGUGAAAAGUUUAUGUUCAUCCAAACAAAAUUGUGAUAGCAAGAAAAACCAGACAUCGAUAGAUUCGAUUGAAAAAAAAUUAAUUGAACGCCAUUAUUGGGAUAAAAAGCUGAAAAAGUGUGAGAAUCUAAUCCAUACACACUGUUUGCAUUGAUUGUUUGCUGAGGUUGAUUUCGAGCCAUACAAAAUGGCGAAUUCAUGUGCAAUCGCAAUAAGCAGCGAUGAAGAUGAAGACGUCUGCCUCGUCUCAGUUACAACGCCAUUGCCACGUCAAUCAGACAACAAGCAGCAGUGUUGGGCAGACGAAUCGAAGAGUAAAUAUGUCAUUGCUCCGUGGAAAAAGUGUCAAUUGGUCUCCGAACAAAGUUUCAUCAAUGAAAACGAUGAGGAGGAGAGAAGUGUCACUGUGCGUUUCGACGAUCAAAUAAUGGAUUUGCCAAAACAAAAAUUAACCUUUGCCAAGCCGAGUGAAUAUUUUCAUAGUGAAGCUCGAGUAGUGGCGUUUCGUCGAAGCGUUGAUUUACCAUACAUUAUCGAUGCAGACUCGUGCAAAAUAGUUCCACUCUAUCAUAGCCACGACCAUCUACCAUAUCCGGGAAUGUUGGGAGCACCCGAUGAAAAUGGAUUCCAUCAGAUGAUUUUCUUCGAUGACGGCCAUGUGCAGAAAGUGAAAAACGAAGACAUUCGAUUGGUGUAUGACAGCGAAUGCUUGGAACACGUUCAUUCCAAUGCAAAAGCCUACUUCAAGUUUUAUCAAUCGCUUGAGCAAAUCCUAAGACAACGUAAAAAUCUGUUAAAUCUUUAUUUGGUUAACAAUUGA